AUGGCCAAGAUCGUGUAUACCUUCCGACUGGCUCUUUACACCAUCACCCUUCUCCUUGUCUCCUUUCUCGCCGUGUUCAUUGGCAUUGUUUGCGCUCUGCUCGGACAACGUGUCAACACAAACUAUUAUGUCGCGAGGUCAUUUUGGCUGAUAGCGGGGCCUAUCAUGGGAUGGAAGUUCCAGGUCGAAGGGGAAGAGUACUUGUGGAAACAGGAUGGAGCUGAGGGAUUCAACGGCGUGGCGGGGAAGAAUGGACGGUGCGCGGUGAUGCUGGGGAACCAUCAAAGCUUUGUCGACAUUCUCUAUCUCGGUCGAAUCUUUCCCAAACAUGCUGCGAUCAUGGCGAAGAAAGAGCUCAAAUGGCUACCUGGACUAGGAUGGUUCAUGCUCUUGUCGGGUACCGUUUUCAUCAACCGGUCCAACAACCGAAGCGCUGUAGCGAGUAUGCAGAUGGCCGGAGAGGAUAUGAUGAGGAAACGAAUAUCGCUCUGGAUCUUUCCCGAAGGGACACGGUAUCUUUCUGCCGAGAAUGACUUGUUGCCUUUCAAGAAAGGCGCGUUCUAUCUUGCGGUCCAAUCCGAACUUCCCAUCAUUCCGGUCGUAUGCCAAAACUAUCACCAUCUGUUCGACGGCAAGACUCGUUUCAGGAGCGGGACACUGAAAAUCAAAGUCCUCCCGCCAAUAUCUACCGUUGGCAAAACCACGGACGAUGUACCAGAGCUCAUGAAUCAGACUCGAGAUGCCAUGGUGGCUGCUCUACGUGAAAUCUCAACGCCUACCGCUACACCUCGAUCGUCUUUCUCCCGGAACGACUCGCCGACUCCUCUUCUCCAUGGCGAUCAUGCCAAGACCUACGCCGCUGUAGCCGCUGCAGAUCCGGACGAGCGAGUAUCAGAAGAGACCCCGCUGAAAGGAUCUAAGCGGAGCAAGAGACUUUCGGUCGCUAUGGUCACCGAUUUCUUCUUACCCGUUGCUGGUGGCGUCGAAGGACAUGUGUACUCGCUGGGGAUAGAAUUGAUGAAGCGGGGUCAUAAGGUCAUCGUCAUCACACAUCAUCAUCCGCCACGCACUGGAGUCCGCUACAUUUCGACGCUGAAGACGUAUUACUUGCCGAUCCAACCCAUCGCCUCCGAAGCCACAUUGCCCAAUUACCUGCUCCUAUUGCCAUACUUGAGAACCAUCCUCUUGCGCGAAAAGAUCGAUCUGAUCCAUGCGCAUGGAAGUCUGUCAUCUAUGGGGCACGAGGCGAUCUAUCACGCUCCACUGUUCGGAAUAAGGACAGUGUUCACCGACCACUCGCUCUUUGGCUUUGGUGACGCAGUAGGAAUCUUGACGAACAAACUGCUAGCGGGAGCUUUGCGCAAUGUAGAUGCGGCUAUUUGUGUCAGUAACACGGGACGGGAGAAUACCGUCCUAAGGGGUCAAAUCGAGCCUCAACUAGUCUCUGUCAUCCCCAAUGCGUUGAUCCCAGAGAACUUUCGCCCCAAUGCACGACCUUCUCUUCCGACGGAUCAAAUCACCAUCGUCGUUAUUUCUCGAUUGGUCUAUCGCAAAGGCAUAGACCUGCUGGUGGCAUGUGCUCCGCAUAUCUGCGAUCUGUUUCCAGAGGUCAAAUUCAUCGUCGGCGGUGAUGGACCCAAAAUGGUCGAAUUGGAGCAAAUGCGGGAAAAGUAUCAGCUUCAAGACCGUAUUGAAUUGCUCGGAAGCGUGAAGCCAUCCGAAGUCUGCAACGUGCUCACAAGGGGCCAAAUCUACCUCAACACGUCUCUCACUGAGGCGUUCGGCAUCAGUAUCAUCGAAGCAGCGUGUGCAGGGCUAUUCGUAGUCUCUACGCGAGUAGGGGGUGUUCCAGAGAUCCUACCGGGAGACAUGAUAGAAUUUGCCCGAGCAGAUGAGGAUGAUGUUGUCCGUGCUCUUUCACAAGCCAUUCGAGUCAUCAAGUCUGGUGCCCAUGAUCCUCUUCAGGCUCACGAGCGAGUCAUAGGGAUGUACGAAUGGUCCGAUGUGGCGGCCAGAACGGAAGCAGUCUACAAUCGGGCACUCGAUUCGCCUCCAAAAGACACCUUUGAACGCCUGGCGAGAUAUCUCAGCUUGGGACCUUUCUUCGGACCGAUUCUGUGCUGUAUCAUGGCCGUGCAGCACUGGUUCUUACUCUUCCUGGAUUUGAUUCAACCUCGCGACACGGUAGAGCGAGUAGAAACCCAAUGGAGCGUGGAAGAGUUUGCAAAGGUUGUCCAUAGCUAG